AUGGAGCACAUUCGCAAGACAUUUCAGCGCUGCAAGGCCGAGAACAGGUCAGCCCUCGUGACCUAUGUCACCGCCGGCUUUCCCACGGCCGAGGAGACGCCCGAUAUCCUCCUCGCCAUGGAGAAGGGUGGAGCUGAUAUCCUCGAGCUCGGCGCGCCCUUCACAGACCCUAUCGCCGACGGCCCGACCAUUCAGACCUCCAACACAAUUGCUCUGCAAAAUGGCGUCACGAUCGAGUCCACACUGAAGAUGGUCAAGGAUGCGAGGAGUAAGGGCCUCAAGGCGCCGGUUCUGCUGAUGGGAUACUACAACCCUCUCCUGAGUUACGGCGAGGAGAGGCUCCUCAACGACUGCGCUGACAGCGGCGUCAACGGCUUCAUCGUGGUCGAUCUGCCUCCCGAGGAGGCCGUCUCGUUCCGCAAGCUUUGCAACAAGGGACAGCUCUCCUAUGUUCCCCUGAUCGCGCCCGCCACGUCUGACGCCCGCAUGAAGAUUCUCUGCCAGCUCGCCGACUCGUUCAUCUACGUCGUUUCCCGCCAAGGCGUCACCGGUGCCCUCGGCUCCCUGAACGCCAACCUCCCCGAACUCAUCUCCCGCGUGAAGAAGUACAGCGGCGACAAGCCCGCCGCUGUCGGCUUUGGCGUCAGUACCCGCGAACACUUCCAGAGCCUCGCUACCCUCUCCGAUGGUGUCGUCGUCGGCAGCCAGAUCAUCACGACCCUGCAGAAGGCCACCCCUGAGAACCGCCUCAAGGACCUCGAGGAGUACUGCGCCUAUCUCGGCGGCCGCAGGCCCGAGGCCGCGAACGAGACGACGCGCGAAGUCGGCAUCGUUGAGGCCAUUGCCGAUGCCAAGGCUCCCGAGGCCGUUCCUACCGUAUCCGCAACCAUCACUGCCGAGCAGGACAGCGACCUUGUCGCGCAGCUCGCCGCCAUGCACGGCAAGAUUCCCGAACGCUUUGGCGAGUUCGGUGGGCAGUACGUACCAGAGAGUUUGAUGGACUGCCUGUCUGAGCUCGAGGAGGGCUUCAACAAGAUCAACAACGACCCCAAGUUCUGGGAGGAGUACAGGUCCUACUACGACUACAUGGGCCGACCUGGCCACCUGCACCUCGCUGAGCGCCUGACAGAGCACGCUGGAGGUGCCAACAUUUGGUUGAAGCGUGAGGAUCUCAACCACACGGGCUCCCACAAGAUCAACAAUGCGCUGGGCCAGCUCCUGCUGGCGAAGCGCCUCGGAAAGACCAAGAUUAUCGCCGAAACAGGCGCCGGCCAGCACGGUGUCGCGACGGCGACUGUCUGCGCCAAGUUCGGCAUGGAGUGCACCGUCUACAUGGGCGCCGAGGACGUGCGCCGCCAGGCCCUCAACGUGUUCCGCAUGAAGCUCCUCGGCGCCAAGGUUGUGGCCGUCGAGGCCGGCAGCCGCACGCUCCGCGACGCCGUCAACGAGGCUCUGCGUGCCUGGGUCGUCAAUCUUGAGACGACUCACUACAUCAUCGGCUCCGCCAUCGGCCCCCACCCGUUCCCGACUAUUGUGCGUACCUUCCAGUCCGUUAUUGGCGAGGAGACGAAGCGCCAGAUGCAGGAGAAGCGCGGCAAGCUGCCGGACGCCGUCGUCGCCUGCGUCGGCGGCGGCAGCAACGCCGUCGGCAUGUUCUACCCCUUCUCCAACGACCCCAGCGUCCGGCUUGUCGGUGUCGAGGCUGGCGGCGACGGCGUCGAGACGGCGCGCCACAGCGCCACGCUCUCGGGCGGCACAAAGGGUGUGCUGCACGGCGUCAAGACGUACGUCCUGCAGGACAAGCACGGUCAGAUCUCCGAGACGCACUCCGUGUCGGCCGGUCUCGACUACCCGGGUGUCGGCCCCGAACUGAGCUCCUGGAAGGACAGCAACCGCGCCCAGUACGUUGUCGCCACCGAUGCGCAGGCCUUUAUCGGCUUCCGCCUCAUGAGCCAGCUCGAGGGCAUCAUCCCCGCGCUCGAGUCGGCGCACGGCAUCUAUGGUGCGCUCGAGCUCGCCAAGACGAUGAAGAAGGACGAGGACGUCGUCAUCUGCCUCAGUGGACGUGGUGACAAGGACGUGCAGAGCGUGGCCGAUGAGCUGCCGACGCUGGGACCUAAGAUUGGCUGGGACUUGCGGUUUUAG